AUGACCGAUACGGGCAACGCUGUAGGAGAUGAGGUUGUGGAAGAGCUUACCGAAGCGAUCCUGGAACCAGUGUUGACCGCAGCCCUUGAUGCCUUCAGGAUGUCCGACCGCAUCGCCCGUACACCCGAGUGCAAAGCCCUCAAGUCAGAGGACGAUCAGCUCCAGUACAUCACCGAUGCCAUUGUGGCCCGAGCCCGGAGUGCAAGUUUGCCGACAGGGGCGGACUGGACUGAGCCUACCACCCAGAAUCUCAAGACCGCUCUGAGUCACUGGUCGGCGAAACUCCGGCGCAAUGCAGAUCUCGACGCUGAACCUCAGCCCGCCGACAAUACGCUCUAUUGGGACUUCGGUGUCGAUGAGGCGCAAGGCUCCAAAGCAAACUUCGGAUUGAGACACACUGUCAUAUACACAUCCUCAAUUGCUUCAUUCAUAUGGCAACACCACUCGUGCAUUUUGAUGGAACGUACUGGAGUCCGCAGUCCGUGGCAUGCAUAUGCUGUCGCAUUUCAACGCGCGAAGUCUCCUUUGAUCGCCUUCCCCCUUGCUCCUCCCCCCUUGCGGCCGGCCGCCUUGUUCGUCUCAGAUCUCAACCGUCAAUCGAAUCGUCAACUAUCAAGCCCUACUCUUCCAGGAGCCACUUCCAUCCUCAUGUCUGGCCUUUCCACUACUACGCUCAGCGCCACCUUGCUGAAUGACACGCUGGUCACAUGUAACAAGCUGCACCAACUACUCGCUCCCGAGCCGGCGGUCGCAACAACGGGGUCUAGGCGUCUCAGAGACGAUCGCGCCACCCAUGUCGCCAGGUCUGAACGUCGUCCAAUGUCAGCCAUCUCGCGAUAUGCGGCCUCUUCGAAAGAGAUCAGCAGACUCGCGACCGAGCUCCGCAGUCCGGACGGUCUGACCAAGGCCAUACUCGAGUCACAUCCACCGGUCGGAGGCCGUUCUGUCUUCUCAAUGUACCCUUCAUUCGACUUUCGGGAGCGUCUUCGGCCUUUCGUGGAACAGCUGCCAGUCGAGCCGUCGUUACAACACCACGACCCUGACUCCUUCGUCGCUCCAAAGCCGGAGGGGGAUGCGAUCGACGUCCAGUGGGAAUAUGAGCGCGAAGUCGGAUUUGGGUUCAUUACCCCGGACGAGGCUGUCCGCAAUAUCGAGACUCUUGUAUCACACCUUCAUCAGGAUGGAGACGGCGCCCUCAAGAUGCUGCUGACCACCAUCAGGGAGGGGCUGCUGAUCGCGGUAUCCAAUCUGGCAGCGACACUCACUGUCGACGAGACCUGA